AUGAGUGAAAAUAUCAAGGAUUUAGAACAGACGAAUGAGCUUGUUGCCUAUGUAAUACAUGAAGUACUUGAUAACCUUCAGAAAAUUAUGAAUGGUUCUACAGAAGAAAGUGAAGAUGAUACAAGAAAUGAACAAUUGGAUCAUCUAGAAUUAAACAACUAUGAUGUGUUCAUCGAACUAUUAAUAAUGAAUCUUCGUGGGCGUGCACAACUCGAAACAAAAAACAGAGAAUACAAUUUGGAUUUGUUGAGAAGAAUAAAAGAUUUAGAAGAAUCAAAUAGAAACCAUAAUAAUCCAGCCAAGGAUUUGAAAUUAAUGGAGUUGCAGACCAAAAUUGAGGCAGAUGGAAGGGUCUUCUGUGUGAGUGACAAUUCGUCUACAAUAGUUGAUUGCCUUUUAAAUGAAGCAAGACAGAGAGGAGCUACACUGCAGACAGGAAAAUUUGUCACAUUAGCUUCUAUUUCUCAAAGUGGAAAAUUCAUACUCAAAAUUAAGAAUCGUACGAUUGAUUAUGUGGAUUUUGUUGAAGCUGAUUACUUAUUAAUUGCUAGUGGCAUCAGUCAAUAG